AGCUAAACAUUUAAAGAGUAUUUAAUUAAAUAAUUUAUCUUAAAGCGCCAUAAGUACAGUUAUUGUUUGAAAAAAAAAUCUGAAGUGAAAGAUUUUAACACGCGCAGAAAAGUAGUUUCUGGCCUAAUUUUAAACCGACAUGAUAUGAGUAAAAUGUAACAAUAUGAAAGAGAAUACAGUUAUGUCUGACUUUAUGCUUUUUAACGAUAUUUUUGAUGAGAUAGCUACAAAAGAAAAAGAAGAGGCAAACUUUUUUGACUCUGGACCAAAUCAUCCGAGCCAUGAAUUUACUCAAGAAUAUAUAGACAUGGAUAUAACUAAAGACUCUGAACCAGCUCAUGAUCCCAGCAAUACGUUUGUACAAGAAUAUAAAGAAACAGAUACAGGUAUAACUAAAGACUCUGUACAAGAAUAUAAAGAAACAGAUACAGGUAUAACUAAAGACUCUGUACAAUUUAAUGAUCCAAACCAUGUAAUCACAUAUAAAAAUGAAGAAACAGAUUUAGAUGUUUUUAACAAUGAAGAGGGUAAUGAAAUUAACAAUGUUCACUUCGAUACCCACUCCAAUGAAAGCAGUUUUAGCAAACAUGCCAAAGAUCUUUCCACUUCUAAAAAGGAAUCCAUCGAAAACUUGUCAAACGAUAAGUACUCUGCAAAAAACUUAUAUAUGGAAGACAUUUUUUCCAUCUCUUCCCAUUCAAGUGAAGGUUCUUUCUCAUAUGGCAACAAAUUCGAUUACAAGUAUUUACAUGACAUAAGUGAUAGCGAUUUAAAUUCAAGAAAUAGUUUUAUAUCAAGCAAAAAAAAUAAACAUAUAAAUGAUGAAAACAGUAUUUUAUCAAAAGAGGAAUACGAAGAGCACAACAGUGAAACGGAAGAGGGGAAAAAUAUCAAGUUCAUGUUACGUUACAAUAAUUUUUGUGCGUUUCUGGAAGAAGUUAAAAAAAAAGUUAUCGAUCAACCUGAAGAAAAGUUUGAGAUUGAAUUUAAAAAUAAAACUGAUUGCAAAAUAGAAAAUAAAAUUGAUAAAAAAAAAGACAUCGGGAAAAAAAAAAGUAAAUCAAAAGAAAAAAAUAUUCCAUUAAAAAAGCCCUACGUCACAUUAAAAUUAAACGGGUUUAGCAAUGAUAAUUUUUUUAAGGACGAAAACUUUACGAUAGAAAAAAAACCAAAAAUAAACCUAAAGUUACACUAUGGUUUAAAUAAAGAAAAAAAACUAGACUCACAACUAAAAGCAACGGAUAAUCCUGCCAUAUUGUCAUGGUUAUCGGAAAAAGAAAGAAAUGAAAAAGAGUUAAAGCGUAACGAGUUUCUUCAAAGACGUUUGCAAAAAAAACAGCAAAGACAAAACAAACUUGAAAAAGAAAAGUUAUCACAAGUUUCAUCGGAAAAAGUCCAAAAAUGGAUUGAGCAAAAAAAAAAAGAUGAUCUAAAAAAAAUGAAGCAUUUACACCCUGCGUUUGAAGAAGAAAGAAUAAAACUGUUGAAAAUUGAAAAACAAUUAAAUACGCAACAAAUGCAAAUGGACGGUAACGAAAAAAGAUUUCGUUUCUCAACUGCAAAGCAUAAAUCCAAUUGUCUCCAAGAAAACAGCAGUACUAGCAACACUUAUCUUUUAAAUAGACCCUCAAACCCUGUAGUCUACAUAUCUGUAGAAGCAUUUACUUGCGCAGUUAUUAACGAAGCAAUUAACGAGUUGGAUAUGUCUUUACGAGUUAAAUCUGCGAGAUUAGGGCGUUCAAAAUCUGGAUUGCUUGAUCCAAAAACUAGUGAAAGAACACCAAGAGCUCCGACUGUCUUAAAAUCACACACAAAAGUUGAAAGUUUUAAUCAUGCAAUAACUCGUCCAGCUUGGAGAAUAACCAUACCUGGAUUUUCAAGAACAUUUGAAGAAUGGUUGUUGGCGAAAAAAGGUCUUGAUCGAAUUAAAGCUCGAGAGAGAAUAACUAAACAUUACUAUGACGAACUUGAAAAAGAAAUAAUAAAAAAAGAGAGAGAAAAACUUGGGAGCGAACGAUUGAGCUCUAGAAAAAGAACUCAAUCUGCAUUUAAUCCGUACAUAUUAUCUACUCAAUCAAGCACUGAAUAUAUGUAUCUAGCAUUGUAGUACUUUAAACGUAUAACAAUAUGAUUAAUGUUGAGUAUGAGAAUUAUUCUCAAUGACUUUCAAUAAUUGACUGUUGAUUAAUAUAAAAGAUUAAUUAGAUUUUAUUCUCCAUUUGUAAGGAUCAUACAUGUUAAUUUUGCAUUGUAUCUUAUUACUGAACGAGCAACCAAAAUAACAGAACGAAACCACCUCCAAAUAUCAGAACCACACCACCUUUAAAUAUCAGAACCAUCAGAGCCAUCUUGUAAAUAUCCGAUUUUAUUAGAGGUAAUAAUACAUAUUACAUAUUUUAAUUUUAAAAAAUGAGACCAUAGAACAAUAUAGACCUAUAAAAACAUUUACUCAUUAAAAACAUAAAGCUUAAGACCAUUUAAUAUUAGGCUCAUCAUUCUAUAUAAUUUCAAUCAUUUAGCUUUUUUUUUAUACUACUGUACUAAACUUAAUGCCUUUAUGGAAAUAGGUAGUUUUUUUAAUGAUUUUAUUAACAAGACUAUAACAUUUUAAGUAUUAAACAUUCGCUUUAAUAAGAACUUACAUAACAUUAAAGAAAAUCAAAUACUUUUCAAGUUAUCAUAAUAGUUCCAUUCUUCCCUUGUUUAGGAGUUGCGGGAUUAGUUUCGGCUUUGAUGACCAUCAUUUAAAAAUUUCAAUAUUUACGAAAGUGACCAGUUGAACGUUUGUACAGACAAAUAAAGAAACGCAUGACAAAACAUGUAGAACAAGUAUUAUAAUUUUAUUAUAGCUUUAUUAGCUGUUUAUUAAAAAUUGCGCUAUUAUAAACAGGUUAUUGAUAAUUUUAGAACAAAUAUAAGUAAAAAACGUUCACGAGUCACAGCUCUAUCAGCUCCAAAUACAAUUUUAACAGAA